GCCCUUUGGAUAAGGGCACGGAAGGCAGCCAUUUUGUAAAGGUUGGCUUAGAAAAAAUGAUUUGGUUACAACAAGAGCGGACAAAAGCAAAGCUUUGGUAAUUAUGAAAAGACAGACAUAUAAUAACGCAAUGGAGGAAUACAUUAAAAAAACCGAAUGCGAGAGUGUUGAAGCAAAUGUUAUUGAAAGCAUCGACAGAAGGGUUAGGAAGCUUGAAAAGGCUAAGCUGAGUAAUGCAUUACCUUUUCUCAAAAAUUGUCGAAAUCCCAGUCCAGGUAUGCCAAGAUUGUUUGCUUUUGCUAAGACCCAUAAAGAGGGUAAAGAAAUGAGACCUGUAGUGGAAAGGUGCAGAGGACCAACGUUUAUUCUUGAAAAGAGAUUACAUAAGUUUCUCACCUCGCACCUCGAGAAUAAUAUACAUGUGGCGCAUGAUCCAAGAGAAGUGGUUAAUGAGAUACAAGAUCUAGUUUUAAUGGAGGAUGAAAUUGGAACAGUGAUGGACUAUGAAAGUUUAUACCCAUCUAUAAAAAUUGAAUCAUGCAGAGUAGCACUUUUAGACUUCAUGCUGAGCAAGAGCCCAAAUUUGGCGGGUUACAAUAAUGAUUUGAUCGAACUAGCUAACCUUAUUUGUUAUCAAUCUUUUUUCGCAUUUAAUGGCCGUCGAUACAGACAAAGAAGAGGAGUCCCUAUGGGAAGUCCCAUGUCAGGACUUUUAUGUGAGCUUGUAUUGAGAAGGUUGGAAAAAAGUGCUCUUUCUGUUUUCUUAAAUGCCAUUGUGUAUUUUAAAAGAUACGUGGACGAUGUCUUGGUAAUUUGGAAGAAUGACCAAAAGAUUGAUGAGUUUAUCAACAUGAUAAACAGCAACGAUGAUGGUCUCAUGUUGAAGAUUGAACAAAAAUGUGCUUCACGGAUACAUUUUUUAGAUAUUGACAUUGAAUUUAAAGAAGGGCGUUUGACAACUAAUGUAUACGUAAAACCGACGCAUAGCCCUCUGUACAUUCCGUCCCAUUCUAAUGAUCCCUACCAGUACAAAAUGGCUGCCUUCCGUGCCCUUAUCCAAAGGGCUUUUCUCUAUUGCAGUAAUGUCUUGGAUAGGCAAACAGAAAUUAAUAGAAUAUUGCAUAUUGCCAGAUCUCUAGGGUACAAAGAAGGUAUGAUAACAACAUUGGUCAGAAAAUACAAAACAAAUAAAACUAAAACGCAAAACGACGGUUUCGGCAAAAUCACGAAGUUCACGUAUGAUAGAAAGAGAAAAGCCAUCAUGAAAGAAAUCUCAGCCCGCAAAGAGUCCAGGUUAAUUUUCAAGAGAGCUCCUAAUCUGUACAGAUUAUUAAGGAAUGACAAAGACAGCAUAGAUAAAGAAAAAAGAGCAGGUGUAUACAAGAUUCCAUAUGAAAAUCGUGAACUAGACAUUAAUAAAAAUUAUAUUGGUGUCACUAACAGAAAUUUAGGAGUCAGAUUAAAAGAACACAAGUACAAUAUCAGUAAGGGAUCUAACGCCACAAUACUAUCGCAAAUGGCGCAAGUUGAGGGCUCAAUCGUCAAAUGGGACGAAGCAAGUAUUAUUAAACCAGUACAUUCACCAACUUUGGCGAUUUGCGCAGAAAAGAUUGAAAUAUACAGGAGCAGAUUACAUGAUACAUGCAUUAAUUCUAGGGAUGCUGAAGGGUUGCCUUCCGCCUGGAAAUACUUAAUCAAGCGAAUGGACAGAUCUUAAUGCCUUGUUUUUAGUGUUUUUUUGCAUAUCUUGCGGUUUAUAGAAUUUAGCAUAAUGUAUU